AUUAUACAACAUUUUUUGCUUCUACUCUUUCUAUGUUUGAUGAACUAUGAGGGGGUUCGAAGCACAAAAAUCCUUAAGCCUCCAAUUAAAACGAUUAAGACUGAAUAUGGUGAUAUAUAUGAUUGUGUGGAUUUUUACGAUCAACCUGCAUUUGAUCAUCCUUUAUUGAAGAAUCACAAUUACCAUCCCCAGAUGAAGCCCUCUUUGUUAACGAGAGAGAGUAUUCCAACUCCAUCGAGAAGUGCUACGUUGCAGCAAAUGGGAUUAUCCGUCGAAGGUUGUCCUGCUGGAACAGUUCCUAUUAGAAAAUACACUAAAGAAGAUGUUAUUAGACAAAAGCUUUUACCGCCACCUGAAGGCACCGUUCACGUUGUCGAUCCUCCACUUGCUAAUAGGGACAACUUCAAUGAUUCCAAAUCAAGAAGGAUUAAACCUUUGAAAGGGUACAAGCUGGCUAUUGUUUCAACAGAGGACAAUCCAAAUAACAAGUUUGGUGGAGCUUCGAUGAUAGCUGCUAUAUAUAAUCCGCGUAGUACAGGUCAACAACAUAGUGCAUGUCGCUUGAAACUUAUUAAAGGAAAAAAUAUUAUACAAACGGGUUGGAGAGUAAGUCGGAUCAAUUAUACAUAUAACAUAUAUUUCCUUAUAUAUAAUAACUAUUUUUCAUUUUGCUUUGUUAGGUUGAUCCUACUCUAUAUGGCGAUAACAGAACUAGAUUAUUCAUACAUUUCGAUGGAUGGUACAAAUUCUUGUUUCGAUUUGUUAUGUCCUAGCUUUAUAAUUGUAAAUCAACAAAUCACUUUGGGUCAACCAUUUAAUCAGACUUCCAGCAUCAAUGGGAAACUCUAUGACAUGGCAUUUCAGAUAAAAUGGGAUCAAGAGAAAGGGAAUUGGUGGCUAUUGAUUGACAAUGUAGCAAUUGGUUUUUGGCCAAAAGAAGUUUUUGAUGAUUUUGAGAAUUUUGCAACAACAGUUGAAUGGGGUGGAGUUGUGUAUAGUCCAGCUGGGGUACUUGAACCACCAAUGGGUUCAGGGCUUUACCCUCUUAUGAGAAGUACAGCAGCCAAUGCAUAUUGUAGAGUUAUUACACUCUUAAAUGACAAGGGUCAAAACAUUGAUCUAUUAGGUGCUAAGUUGCCAACAUUUUCAACAACUCCUAUGUUGUAUGUUGCUGUUGAUGUUCCUAAUUAUCCAGGUGUUGAUUAUAAUCAUACCAUCCUUUAUGGUGGACCUGGUGAAAUCUAAUUAUUAAUUCAAUAAUACAAUAUGUAACGUACGUGCAUUUAGGACAUUCAUUUUUUUCUUUUUACUUUUUUCAAAGUUAUGUUGUUUUGAGUAAUUUGCAGCACUACAUA